CCGGGAAACUAACCGAGACCUAAGUGAGUUCCACUAUUUGCCACAGGGGGGCAAUAUUACACAACCUCUGUAAAAAUCUGUGUAGUUUGCCCGUGAACAUGUGACAUUCUUCAACGCAUGUUUGCUACCAUGGUAACGUGAGUAUCACUGCAAGAAUGUUACGACAAUCUCACCUUGGACAAAACUUAAUUUCUUUUAAUGAGGCGUGUAGCAGGAAACAACACAUUUGAAUGUAUCUCAACGUGCAAAGGUUAUAAUGAGAAAACUACACAGAGGUUCGAGGGAUUGUCGCAAGCCACUUGGAUGUACCUCAUCUAUUCCAGUGAAGUAUCAAACCGUUGUCAUCAGCAAUGAAGAAAAGAAGGGCUUUUAUUCCCAGUCAAAGAGGUUUCCCUUAGAAGACAGUUUGAAUGCAAAUCCUGGUCCUGGCGCAUAUUUGUCACACACCCCUGCAGAAUUCAAUAGCCCUUCAUUUUCCAAGAGAGGCACUGGGGGCUUCGCAUCACAGGCUCUGAGAGUUUCUUGGAACUUACAGAGAGGUAUCCCAGGACCCAAUGCAUAUAACCUGCAAUCCAGUUUGCUGCCCAAACACACCUUUUUAAGGGGAAGCACAGGAAAUUUCCGUCUGCCUAUUGCAGUGAGGACGGAUAGUGUGUCCAAAAGAACCCCCGCUCCAAACCAUUACAAUGUGUCUUACAACGGUACUGAGAAAAACGCGACUACAUCAGCCAAGUCUGCCUUCCUCUCAAAGACAUCAAGAGAUGUGGUCAAUUUAAGCUGUUUAAAAGGACCAUCCCCCUGUCAUUAUAAUGUAAAGGACUCCAUAACACAGAAGGAGCCACAGGUGCCCUAUUCCAGUUUUAAAUCAAACAUGGCCCGCAACCCACUUGCACAGAAGAGAGAAGGCCCAGGGCCUGGUUCAUACAACCCCUAUCAGAUCCCAGAGAUGGUGAGAAGAACACUCUUACCACGGAGACAUUAUCUUGGACUUUCAGCACCUGCUUUGAAACCCCCCGAAAACCCACCUCUGCCAGGCCCAGGGCAGUAUGAGAUCGUUGACUACGCAGGGCCUCCCAAACACUUCAUGUCCAGUGCUGUGUUCGUCUCAGGAACAAGCCGAUGGGUACAAGACCCAAGAGGACAGGAUGCUCCUGGUCCAGGGUUUUAUGAUCCAGCGAUUACGUCAAAGAGGUCAUUCUUACUCAACUAUGGAAAGAUCUGGAUACCAGCGUGAGCUGGGCAAGGAUGCUUAUUUGGUUGGACACAAAGAACAUUCAACAGGAGUUUAGUCAUUUUAAUACAUUUCAUUAGUGAUGGAGUACAAUCAAAACAUGAUUU